AUGGGGGCUGAGUUAAUGGCAGGGUUGCGGCAGGUUCGAGAGGUACACGUGGCCCAGGAUGCUGGCAGUGUGAGUGCUUGCUGCUCUUGGAAGUUAUUCCAAGCCCUAACGGAGUCAGAAUUUGAGCUCCGCGCCACCAGGGGGCGCGGCAGGGCCGUUUGCGCGGGAUCCGCCUCCCGGAAACGCCGCUCUAGGACGCUACCCGCGCUCCAGCUGCAUUUCCGCCGGCGCUGGGCGGAAGAGGAACUUCCUGCUGCUGUGAUCGCCCCGCCGGUUCUCCCGAGCCGUCCACGCCGCUGGUUUCCAUCUCCCGCAAUCCCCAGACAUCCGCAGCUUCCCGCACUGUCGGCUGUGUCUACGGCCGCUGUCCCGCGCCAUAGGUCGCGGCAGCCCGGGGCGUUGCGGGCUCCGGGGCUCUGUUGGAAGCAGAUGGAAACUCUCCGUUGGACGGCUUUGGGGGCUGUGCGUCAGGCAGCGCCCCCUUCUUUGCUGCAGGACCCUGAGCCGCAGCGCCGGAUGUGCCCCCGCGGUGUCCAGGGGGUGAGGCCUGGGUGGAUCUGCAUGUCCAGAGGCUCCAUGAGAGGUGUCUUGCAGCCAGGCGCGAGGCCACAAAUGCCCCGAGGUCAGCCUUCAGUCCGGAGGCUGUUGAAGUAAGUCCCAAGGCCGUGAGUUGUCGACCCUCGGGAUGACGUGGGAUGUGUGUUCGCUGAGACUUUUCUCCGAGGUUCUCUCGGUGCCAUUAGUAGUCACCAGAGGGGCAGAGAACGGAGAGGGAGUCCUCUAUGUGAAGCAUCCCCAGAGCACCCCGUGCUGUCCGCUCAGAGCACCUCGGAGCAGCUCUUGACUCCGCGCGUGACAUCAGAGGGUAGGUGCUGGGGCUGCGGCCGGGUCCGCUCCGGCUGGCUCUGAGUCGGGACAGCCGUGCCCCGAGAAGCCGAAGACGGGAGGUCAGCCCCACGUCCCUCUGCUGUGUCUGGAACGACUUGAAUGAGCGAACGUUUUCCUCUCGCAUUCCAGCUUCUCAUCACUUUCCCCUCUGCCUACCCAUUCAAUAAACCUUACGGACUUGC